AAGAGAUGGGCUUGUGCUGUAUUUAUUGUUGGAUACGAAAAGUGUUUUUCCGUAGUGGAAGUGUGAUAUCGCAGUGAGGAAUCUGACACUCGGGAUCCUGAGAGACGGGGAUAUACAGCUACAGCGUUAGUUUGCAGUGAAACAGCGGAUGUGGCCGGCCUGAUUCAGGCUUAGCUGAGAGAGGAUGCACACUACUCGCAGUCCCACGUCCAUCCAGUCUGGAAUGGCCGGUGAUGCGCUGGAUCUAAGCUUGAACGGAUCGCAGCUUUCCAUGGGCCGCAGACCCAGCAGUGCCUCGCCGGGAAAACACUUCUCCCGCUCUAUAUCUGUAUCUGUGGCCAGCGAUGGACGUGGCAAACGCAACACACCGGUUGAUGGUGGGUUUGGGAGUUCCCGUGCCAUUAAGAACCUGCGGCGAUCAAACAGCACCACGCAGGUGAACCAGCAGGCCAACGCUAGACUCAGUGAGGGCCAAACGGAGGAUUUCUUGGCUCUGUUUGACAGCAGCACUGAUGGCCGCCGGAAACUAGCCAGCCUCACUAAGGCCUCCCCAGACCGCACAACAUGGAACAUUCUGGACGACCAGCCACGAGCGUUCCCGUUGCCCUCCAGCUCCCGCAGCACCUGCAGUAUGGAUUCCCCCACAGGCCUGAAGAAAAGAGACUCUGGCGUCUCUCUGGCUGAUAACUUCACAGCCAACAACAGGAGCAGUAAAGCAGCUGUGGGUAACUCUGUGACGACCAUGCUGCACAACAACCACUCAGACAAGCCUCUCACACCCAAGAGCUCCAAUCAGAAACCCUGCUUCAAUAACAUCAUCAAAGCCACAGUGAACGAUGAAGGGACGUUAGAGAGCAGCUCCCUCACUAAGUCUCAGAAGAACUUCUCAGCUUCAUCAGGUUCCAAUAACAACGUUUCCAGCUCGCGAAGCCCUCGCAGCCCUCGCAGACGAGAGGUCACAGAGGAGGAGGCCGAGAGGUUUAUUCAGCAGGUCAGCCACGCAGCAGUCACUAUCCAGCGCUGGUACCGGCGCCAUGUCAACAGGAGGAAAGCAAAUGAAACUGCCCUCAAACAACUGCUCACUUCUAAAAGAAAGGAAAGGGAGCAACAGGGGGUUGAAAAGGCUGUGAAAUCACAGAAAAAGAGAGAGGAGGACAGGAAACGCAUCAGAGAGGAGAAGGCCCGUCUGGCCCGGCUCACUGCUAUCCAGGAGCUGCAGCAGAAGAGGGCACAGCGAGCUGAGGAAGUACAGCGAAUAGCAGAGCAAGAAGUGGAUGCUCUGCAGCAGGCUGGGAAAGUGGGGCGUAUGAAACUCACUCAGAGUUUGCCUACCUCUCCUAUAGCCGCCAAGGCCAAGAACACAGAUUCCAAUGUGAAUUUGGAGAGUGAACUAGAUGUCGGCAAUCUGAGGGCAGCAUCGCCUGUGGUGUCAACACGAAGAGGCUCUCAGUGUUCUCAUGAGAUUCUGCAGCGGUCUGUGAGUGUAGAGGACCAGAGACAGGGGGCGCCAUCGAGCAGAGCUCAUUCUAAAACGACACUCAAUGACCUGCUGGAUUCCCUCAAACUCCUAGAGGAGGGACCAGAGAGACUCUCAGAGGCUAAGAGCCACAGGAAGGAGAAAUACGCCUGGAUUGAUGAGGACAGAGGGUCCAUCACCCUAACCACAGAUAACGUGGAGAGGCAUGGGCAGCUGAGCCAGAGCCCAGCCCUGUCAGAUGGCGGAGCUUUACUGUCCGAGGCCAAGCUGCAGAGCAUCAUGAGCUUCCUGGAUGAGAUGGAGAAGUCCGAGCAGGAGAGACCACGUUCAGUUACCUCGGGAUCACACAGAGAGGUGCUGCUGUCUGAGGAGGAGCUGGCUGCAGUGGAUCAGGCUUCUGCUACUGCUGCUGAGGUUACCGGCUCUAUGAUGAGACUCAAACUAGAGCUGGAGGAAAAAAAACGCACCGUCACCAUGCUACAGACCGCACUGACUCAGCAGAGAGAGCUGACGCUCCGUCACGUGAAGGAGACAGAGAAGGAGCUCAACCACAACUUCCAGCUGCAGAAACAACAAUACGAGGCUACAAUCCAAAGACACCUGGCUUUCAUCGACCAGCUGAUCGAUGACAAGAAGGCCCUGAGUGAGCGCUGUGAGGGUGUUGUGGCGGAGCUCAAACAGGUCGACCAGAAAUACACAAAAAAGAUCAACCAGAUGCAGGAGCAGCACGAACUGGUGUGGCAAAUUCUGGGUCCCUUGUGUGAGGAAAUUAAAAAGCUGAAAGAGUUGAUGAGUGCCACAGAAAAGAUCCGUCGAGAGAAGUGGAUUGACGAGAAGACCAAGAAGAUCAAGGAAAUCACUGUCAAAGGCCUGGAGCCAGAGAUCCAAAAGCUGAUCUCCAAGCACAAGCAGGAGCUGAAGAAGCUGAAGGUGGUGCACGAGGCCGAGUUGCUGCAAGCAGAUGAGAGAGCAGCACAGCGCUACGUCCGACAGACUGAGGAGCUCCGACAGCAGCUGGAGAGAGAGAGAGACGAACAGUGCCAGCGUGAGAGGGAGCUUGCCAAGCAAAGGUUUGAGAAGCAGCUGCAAGAGGAAGAGAAUGCCUUACAGCAGCAGAGGAGACGACUCUACAAGGAAGUUGCUGAUGAGAAGGAGAGACUUGCCCAACAAGCUGCAAGGCAGCAUGCUGAGCUGGAGGAGUUGAAGAUUCAGUUAGAGAACAACAGCUCUCUGGCUAAUCGCGCUCUAAGGGAAGAGAUGGAGAAGAGCAGAGAGGAGCAGGAGAGACGGCACCAGGUGGAAAUGAAAGCUCUUCGGGAACGGUUGGAAAUUGAGAAACAGACAUGGGAAGAAAAUUACAUGAAAAAAGAGGAAGUGUGGUUGCUUACUCGAGAGAGAGAGCUGAAAGAGGAAGUGCGCCGGGGGCGAGACAAAGAGAUCGAGUUGGCCAUUCAGAGGCUAGAAGAGGAAACGAGUGGUGCCAGAGAAGAGUGUGAGAGAGCUGCUGACAACCGUGUAAAGCGUGUGAGGGAAAAGUACGAAGCAGAGCUUCGAGAGCUGGAGCGCUCGGAGCAGGCGGCUCUGGAGAAAUAUCAGGAGAUGAAAAAGAAACAGACUGAAAUGGAAGGAGAGCUUCUUCGGUUGCAGUCCCUUCUCAUGCAAAGAGAGCAGGAGAUCACUGAUAUCACACAGAUCCGAGAUAAAUUAUCAGAAGAGAGGCGGAGCCUGGCUGAGGUCAUCAGAGAGGAGUUUGCAGAAAGACUGGUUGUAAUGGAGGAAGAGAACAGGAGGAUGAAGGUAGAGGUGGCUGAGGUGCGUGCCAGACUCAGACUGGAGGUGGAGCGGCUCAGCAGAGAGAAGGAGGAGGAGCUGGCUGAGGUCCAUCAACGGGUGAAGUCAGCUAUUUUGAAGAAGGAAGAAACUGUGAACACUUUGCGAAAGCAGCAUGAGGCUGCAUUAAAGAGAGCAGAUCACCUGGAGGCCCUGUUGGAGCAGCAGAGGAAACAGCUGUUAGGGAAAUGAUUCAUAUCCCUCUCCAUUUUCUUUUCUAACUAGGAGAGAUUGAUAAGGAGGAGGGAGGAAUGAUGGUUCCACCACAUUUCCCCAUUUGGCACGACAGUGUUGUCUUUCCUUGGCAACAGAAAUUGAACCAAGAGGAGAAAGCUUUUUUCAGCACAGAAUAGAGCCAAGAGGCCUUUGUCUCGCCUUGGACUUCUCUUGACACAUAGACUGAGGGAGAGAAAAAGCAGCAGGCGGAGGGGUUGCGGGGGGGAGGAAUUUUUCUGCCAGAGACAUUUUCUCCAUAUGAGCAGGGUGGGGGUGGGAAAGACACUUACUGAGUACACAAGCCUUCACAAUAAGCACUUUUAGAUGUUCCAAACACAUUGUGCUGUCCUUUUUUUGAAGCAACUCACUUUGUGAAAAAAGGGAGAGUGAGAAAGUGAAAAAGAGGGAUUCUAUACAAAUUUGAAAGUAACAGAAAUAAAUAGAUGUGUCAACCACACAGUCUACUACUCUGUGCCUGUUUCAAAGCUGUUCCCCCUGCUGCAGGCUUUCAGCUUCUACACAGUAUUACAGGAAGAGUGAGGGCUAGCUCUCACCCACCCACGCUCCCCUUUGUGUCACAUACAGAUGCCUUUUGUCUCAGGUCUCCCCAGGGCACAUCCUAAGUAGUGGGAUCACAGCAUGCUCACUGAAACAUGCAGGCCUUAUGACCAGUCAAGCCCCGCAUUUGAAGUGUGUUAGAGGUCUAAUCAGAGUUGUUAUAGUUAGGUUUCAAACAGGGAAUAUUCUAGAAACUUGAUAUGUUGAUGGAAAGAGAAAGAGAAGGAAAUCUUUUUAAAUAGCGAACAUAUAGGUAUGAAUUAGGAUAGGAGAAUGGUGGAUAUAUGAGUAGCGUUUACGACAUGAGAAAGUCCCAAAGUAGGUCUUCUACAGAAAGUAAUAGUGAGAAGGAUUAGGAUGUGAAAAGAAAGCAGAUAGACAAAGCAAAGUGCAAAGGACAUGUUUAGAGGAUUAAGGAAAGUAGAUCUAGCUUUUAAAGGGACAGGCUACAGUGCGGCAGGUUUUUGUGUAUUCAACACUAAAAGCUUCACCAGGAAAAUGUAUACCUCCGUGUCCUGAAGAGACCUGAGACAAAAUGCAUUAAUACAUUGAAGAAGGACUGAGGGGCUCAUACACUGUCACUUCUCUCAAAUGACGGAGCCGUGUUGGGAUUGACACAAGCAUGCUUUCUUAAAUUGGCUGCAUUUUAUGGAAUGCACUCAUGUUGAUGGCUUGUUGAUCCUUUCCGGUCUUCAGAAGAACACCUGCUUUAUAAAAGCUCACCUUUUUUUUUUUUUUUGGUGUAGACCAUUUGGAAACAGGAAAAUAGGCUUUUGUUUCAGCUUCUAAGUCUUGUUUUCUGCUUGGAAAACCACUCUCUCCUAAGCUGCUGUUCUCGAAAGGUCAUGUAUGACCAAGUGGAAACUCUACAACACCUUUUAUUGGUGGAAAUGUGGGUUCAAGUCACAGGCCAAUCAAUAUCAGUUGUGAUCCAAUUUUAACGUUAGCAUUUAUUGUAGUAAAUGCCCUUAUUAGAUAGGUCGACUGAUUCAGUACUCUAUUGAAUGGAGGAGUAGCUCCGUGUUGAUGCAUUUAAGCAAUUCACAACCGUUUAUGCCUUCCCUAUGAUGAAAAGGCCUUAUGUCUGACCAUUUUGAAUGUUGUACAAAUAGUACUGUACACUUGUACCAUUUUUGGAUGGGUCCUAGUAAAUCAGAUGAUUCUGAUUUGUGUAAACAAAUUAUAUUUUCUAAAAAUGUUGAGUGAAACAAGUCACCCUGCUAGCCUGAGGUCUAGGAUAAAGCACAGGAAGUUUCCUUAUCACACUUCCUCCAGCCCCCUCAUAGCAGGCCCGGGUUCAGUAGUGUUAGCAGGAACUUAGGAGAGUGUUGGUGCUUUGGCAUUACCAUAGAUUUAUUGUAGUGAAAUAGACACUGAGAUCUAUUUCAGAUGUGUUUUUUUAUAGGGUGGGAAUUCAUGCUGCUCCAGCCAUCUCUUAAACGCAUACAAAUAAAGUGUGUGUGUGUGUCUCUGUUUAGAUGAACUGAACAUGUAAUCUGAUCUGAAUUUUUAGUUAAAGGUUCAUCUUGAAAGGACAAACAGAGGAAAGGUUUGGUGAAUGUUUUAUAAAGGUUACCCAGAGGAGGAGUGAACACUGUGUAUUCCGAUCUCUGGUCCACCCAUAGGCCUUUGUGUCUGUAUGGGUGGCAGCACGGUUGACAUUCUUGGUGCAUGCCAUCUGUAAGGAUUCUGGACUAUUACCAAAACUAACUGAGUCCAAACAAAGCCAGCAUUGUUGUGGUCAGUGUUUAAUCAAGGAUCAGGACUGGUGAGAACAAUUUUAUGAUUCACUGAUUACAAGUGAAAACAGAAAAAAAAUAUUUAAAAAUUAACUGAAACAGAAGAAAUGAAAUAACACUUUUACACACAACUGCAAUCUGCGAGUCUGUGAAAGCUUGCUUUUCAUCUCUUUUUUUUUUUUUUUUAGGCAGGUAGGAGGUGUGUCCAUUUAAAGUUUGAGUUACAGGACAGAAGUGACUUAAAUGAUAAUACAGUUCUAAUUUGAUUCACUGAUAUUUUUUUAAACCCAGACUUAUUCUGCUUUUUUUUUUAAUAAAAUUGUUUAUGUACAAAUGAUAUUACUUACAAACAACGUCAACAAGUAUAUCUCGGCCGAUAUUUGCGGUAGGGGGAAAACAAUGAAUUUCACUCAUGGCUAAAGUCUUUUAGGUACCAGUCACCAUUAUUUUUUCCCCCUCAAGUGAAUGAAUUUUAUAUUUCCACUGGUUGGAAUUUAUUUUUGUGUUAUGGCAGUGAAUGCUGAAUGACAUUUCUUUUAUCUAAAGCUUGUCAUUAUGAGUUCUAUACAUGUGCUUAUCUAAUAAUUUAAUCACAAGUGUAGUUCUUUAGUCAUUAUGAUCAAUUAUGGUGAUUUGAAAAUGUGAAGACUUUGACUGUACAUGUACAAUAAAUCUUAUUAAGAUGAC